AUGAUUAAUUGUGAUAACACUCUUCAAGAGUGUAGUAACUAUGUUCUUAACUGUAUAAAUUCUAUACUGACUUCUAAUCCAGAGGUAAAUAUUUUAGAAAAUCCAACAAUUGAUGCUUUAUUUAAUAAAGAACUUUUACAAUAUAGUUGGAAACCCUUAGAGAAUAUAAAUGUAUCUGAUUUAAACAAAGAUUUGCUCGCUGAUCUAACUCUGAAAAAAAUAAUCACUGACCUAUUUACAGUUGAUUCAGAAGCUUUAAAUUUAAGUUUUGAUAAUAGUAAUAAUAAUGAUGAUGGUACUACAAACAAUAAUAAGGGGUCUACUGAUGCUUUAGUUGGUAAACUUCGAAUUGCCGCUUUAGUUUUGGAUUUAUGUUUCCAUUCUAGACAAUUCAGACAAGAUAUUACAUCAUGGAAAAUUACUUACUUCGAUUUAUUUGGACUAACAAUAAAUUUAUUGAGUUGGCCAAUUGAUAUAUUCAAAUUUUGGAUAUAUGCAGAGUCACGUAUUGAAUGGUUUAAAAUAGGUAAUUCUGCUGACCCUGAUCACUAUAAUGGUAUGUCUCAAUUAAUUAGUUACAAACCACCAUUAUCUGACAAAUUAAGACAUUGGAAUGAUAUACUUAAAUUAUUAGAGUAUAAUUCUGCUUUAAAUACACCGUUAGAUUAUAUUAUGAAAUAUAAACUUGAGAAAUUUAUAUCCAAUUUGUUGCCAAUUAAUGAAGAAUCUAAUUUCAAUCGCUCUGCUAUAAUUUCAAAGAGACAAGAUUCUGGCACUACUUGGAAUGCUAGAAGACUUUUAGGAAGACCUAACACUUCUGAAGAAAAUAUGACACAGGAUUAUAAGUUUGUUUUCAAUAAAUUCAUCUCCUCACCAGUCGAAUUCACUUUUAAAUCAGUUGAUUUUAAGUUAGAUGUUGAAAAACCAUUGUAUUUAUUACUAGAUGCUCUUUUUGAUACGGAGGAUGAUUUUUAUAAAAGAAUAAAGUACAUUCGUAGAAAACAGUUACUCAUUGAGGAUAAAAUAAAUCCAAAUUUUCAGUCAGACUUCAAUUUCAACAGUCAUGCUAUACCUGGUUAUAUGAGUGAAUCUGUAAUAUUUCAAAAUGACAGAACUAAAAUAUGGAAGGACAUUGAAUCAUUUCAUAACCCAUCUCUACAAAUUGUAAGACCUACCUUUUUAGAUAUGUCAUCACAAAAUUAUUCUGUAUUAUAUAAACAAUUAACAAGUCUAGAGAAUGACUAUUAUAGGAAGCAAUUUAUGUUACAAGUAAUAUUUGCUUGCAAGAUUAUAGAAAAACUACUGACUAUGGAAGAUGUCAAGGCCUUUUAUAAAAAUUGUUAUGCAAAGGAAAAUAUGUUAAAAUUUGUAAAUUUUGACGAUUUAGAUGAAUCGAAUAUAAGAAAAACCAAAUCAUUAUGCCAUCAUAUUUGUGAAAUGCGUGUAAAGACAUUUUAUGCUACUAGAGAUCCAAUCUUUUAUAAAAUUAUUCAUUCUUUAGAACAAAAUGAUGAGUUAUAUAUAAAUGCUAAAGUUGAUGGAUUCAAAUUUUUUAAUAAUUGUAAUCUAUCUUUAAGCAAGAAUGAAAAUAAUCAUGUCAAGGAGAAUGUUAAUUAUCAAUUUAAAAAAUUCGGAUUUAUUAAAUUAGGUAAUAAACAAAUUAAUAAUGUAUGGAAGAUUCAAAGUGGUUUAGAAUCAAUAGCGGAAAAUACUAUUGAUCCAAAGGACAUAUAUGACCGUUUAAAGGAAAGUUAUAGGAAUGAUAACCCUAAUACAAAGGAGGCAGAUGAAAUUAUGAAACAAUGGCAGACACUACGUUCUUUAAGAUCCCAAUAUCUUUUUGAGUUCAACAAAUUCAAUGAAACGAUAUCAUUGAAAGAUUUAUUUGAUCAUUCUACAGUCGAAAAUAAUACAAAGGAAAUGGAUAAAUUUAAAGAAUUCCAAUCAAAGAUUAAAGAGUCUCAUAGAAAUAGGUUGAAAAAGGCAAGAGAACAUCAAAAGGCUAAGGAAGUUUUAAAAAGAAAAAUAGAUGAUGUUGAGAUAACUGAAAAUACAAGUGAAGAUGGUACCAGAGAAACUAUAAGUAAUGAAAAUAAAAAACUAAAACGAGAUGACAACAUAGAAGUGCAAAAAAGUGUAUCUCCUAUAUUAAAUGAACACAGCUCAGAGAGUGAGAACAACGAAAAUGGAAUUAAUGAGCAACCGCUGAAUAAAGAUAUUACAAUUGAACAAUUGAAUGAACAAAACAGUUUGGAUAACAAAAAUAAUAAUAAAGAAGAGGAACAACAUUCUACUAUUAACACUCAGAAAGAUAACAACUUUAAUCUGAAAGAUAAAUCAACCACCAAUGAACCUCAAAAAGAAGACAAAUAA